CCGGGCAGCUCAGCAAAGGCAUCAAAGGCUGGAGAAGGCCGAGGGGGCUGCGCAGGGGCGCGGCACAGAGGGGCACCGGGUGCUCCCCCACCCCUGAGAGCUGCUGAGGUCCCAAGCGAGGAUGACCCCGGAGGAGGAAGGUUCCCAGGCAGGGCCCCCGGAGCGGGUGCGUAUCCGGGUGGAGGAGCAGUCAUUCUCGGUGGAGAAGGCCUUGCUGGUGGAGAGCAGCGAGUACUUCCGUGCCCUCUUCCGCUCGGGCAUGAGGGAGAGCACGCAGGAGGAGAUCGGCCUGGGGGAGCUGAGUGCAGCCGGGUUCCUCGCCAUGCUGCGGGUGCUGGCGGGCGAGAGGCCCAUCCUUGGCAGCGAGGAGACCUUCCAGGCAGUGGAAUGUGCUGCCUUCCUGCAGGUGAAGCCCUUGGCCAAGUACUUGAUCCACUCCAUCAACUCUGACAACUGCAUCCUGCUGUACCAAGCCGCUGCCAUAUUCGGCCUCCUGGAUCUCUUCCACUGUGCCGCACUCUACAUCAGGGACAGCUACGCUGAGCUGGAGGAGUACCUGGACUGCCUCUCCGAUGACCUGCUGGCCUAUGUGGAAGCCCUCCUCCCCAGCACCUUUGUGGCAGUGGGAGCCCACACACCCACCUUCGAGUUCUUGGAGGACCUCUCCAGGACCAUCUGCUACCUGGAUGAGGAGACCAACACAUGGAGGACCCUCUCCUGCCUUCCGCUGAGCGCCAGCACAUUCCUAGCCGGCAUGGCAACCAUGGAUAACAAGAUCUACAUCGUGGGCGGCGUCUACGGGGCCAACAAGCAGGUGGUGGAGAGCAGCUUCUGCUACGAUGCUGAUGCCAACACCUGGAGCGAGUUCCCCAGCCCUCACCAGCUGCGCUACGACGUCAGGCUGGUGGGCCACGAGGGCUACCUCUACGCCAUUGGUGGUGAGUACGAGAAGAUCUCGCUCAAGUCCGUGGAGAGGUACGACCUGGCCUCCAGCACCUGGACCUUCGUCUCUGACCUGCCGCAACCGAGCACGGCAGCACCCUGUGCCCAAGCCUUGGGGCAGAUCUUUGUUUGCUUGUGGCAGCCACUGGACACCACUGUCAUCUAUGAGUAUGAAACCCAGCAAGACGUGUGGCUUCCCGUCACCGAGCUCAAGCGGCACCAGAGCUACGGGCACUGCAUGGUGGCCCAUCGUGACAACCUCUACGUCAUGCGCAACGGCCCCUACGACGACUUCUUGCGCUGUGUCAUCGACUGCUUCAACCUGACGUCCCGGCAGUGGAGCGCCCUGCCCGGGCAGUUCAUGAACAGCAAGGGAGCUCUCUUCACCGCCAUCGUCAGGGGUGACACCAUCUACACUGUCAACAAGAUGCUGACGCUCCUCUACUCCGUGGAAGAGGAGACCUGGAAGCAGAAGAAGGAGCGGGCAGGUUUCCCACGCAGCGGCUCCCUGCAGACCUUCCUCCUGCGGCUGCCAAGACGUGACCACGACAUCGCGACGUAGCUGCUCCCGUGUCCCAUGUCAGGAUGCUCUCCUUGCACAUGGCCUCAGCUCUGCACUCACUGCUGCCCUGGGCUUCUCUCCUCCUCCAUGGAGCUGUGCUCAGGCCCAGGGAUGCAUCAUGUUGGACCUUGGAGGUGACAUUAGACCCUGCCAGAGGGAAAGGGCAGCUGCUGUCCCCUCUUCCUGCCCUGCACGGGCACAAAGCCCUGUCAGCCAUGAGCUCACAAGCCAUCUGUGUGCAGGACAUUGUGGCUUCUGCAGAGGACAGAUUCCAUAGAAAUGCAAACAUGGGAUUUAUUUAUUCUGACUGCACUCUGAGGGUGUGCAGCAUUCCACCUCCUCUCUGCCUUGAUGGGAAAUCAUUCAUUUCAUGCUGGAAUUAAAAGGAAAGCUAUAGAAAAGCUUCUCA